CUCAAACUCAUCACACACUUCUUUACCUCCACUUCAGCCCCUCCCUCCUUCGCUCCCACCAAAACAAUGGAGCGUCUCGCAAACUUAAACAGCCUCUCGAAGACCCUGCCUUCGCCGGUUCCAACCCUUCCAAUCCGUCAAGCCACUCGGAAGAGAUCGACGGUGAACGAACAUCUGGGCCUUACUUCAGACAACCUUCAAGAACAACGUUUGGCACUGCAAGCUUCUCGUAGAACAGCUCUCGGCUUCGCUUCGGUAGCCCUUAUUGGGAGCUUCGGCAAUCGAUUUGCUCUCGCCGAGGAUAAUGGCUAUUGGCUCACCGGCCCAAUCCCCGUGCCUCCCAUCUACAAUAAGAUUGCGAACGAGAAGACUGGGACAAGGUCUUUCGUGAGGAACGGGAUUUACAUUGCGGACAUAAAAGUGAAAGGAAGCAUGUACAGGCUGAGGAAGUAUGCGUUUGAUUUGCUAGCUUUGGGAGACUUGAUUGGGAAAGAUGCUUUGAAUUAUGUCAGGAAGUAUUUGAGGCUCAAGGGGACUUUUAUGUACUAUGACUUUGAUAAAGUGAUCUCUGCUGCUUCCGCUUCUGAUAAGCAGCCCCUCACUGAUUUGGCCAACAGAUUGUUCGACAAAUUUGAGAAGCUUGAAGAUGCUGUGAAGAAGGAGGACUUGCCAGAGACGCAGUCUUGUUACCAAGACACUAGUAUCAUUCUUCAGGAGGUUAUGGAUAGAAUGGCCUAAACAUGAGGCAAUUGUCAAUCUAAAAGAGAUUUUGAUCAUUACUUCAAGGGGAAAACUAGCUCCAGUUGGUUCUAGAAAUAUCAUUUCUAUUCCUUUGUUCAUUUUCACUGUGUAUUGUAUUGCGAAGCCACAUCUUUUUGUCGAUUGCGGUGAUAAAAACUUGCCCUAAUUUUCAUGUUCUC